ACACACACACACACACUUCUUUGGUACUUGUUCUUGUCUGACCAGUCUAAAUCACAAAAUCAUGCAGAUUUCUGUAUGAUUUUGCUGGAGGUCUGCCUGUCUUACUUUCAUCAAGUUUUAGAUGCCGAAAACUAUUUCCUGUGAAAUAACACUCCCCUCUCAUUCAUUUCAAAGUAUCUCCCUCAAAGAACCUGAGAAAAGGAAGACAGAGGCAAGAAAGCUGUUCUACACAGAGCUCACACGAGAUGCCAGAGACGUUCAGUGAGACAGUUAUAUGUGGACAGCACAAAGCUCAACCACAGCGCGACAAAAAAAUCAAACAGCUAGAGAAGCCGUGCCCUCCUCCUUUUCCUCCUACUCAGACCAGGGACAUGCUGUCACCGCCUCCCACAGGAAGUCAGUGUUGUAGCAGUAUGGAAGGCAAUAGGCAGAAGCAGCAGAGACCAUCAGUGCUGCGUCAAGUUUCCCAAACAGCUUCCAGACAACUACAUGAAACAACUGCAGCUGUCUCCAUUUGCAAGGAAGAGCUGGAUGCAGGCUGUCUUUCCCAGUUCUCUUCAUCACACUUGGGCUCCUCUCCCAGGCAAGGCCAUCACGACUUAUUCCCGCUGAGAAGAGACAGUCCAAAGCAGAACUCCAUUGUAGCCAGGCUUCACGAUAGCAUCCCCGAGGGAGCCAGUGCUUUGUUUGUAAGUGGCCUCUGCCGCUGGCCUGGCUGUGAUGUGGUGUCCAAAGAUUUCCCUAGUUUCUUAAAACAUCUCCAUGCUGAGCACACUUAUGGUGACAGAAGCAUUGCUCAGUGGAAGGUCCAGCAAGAUAUUGUUCAGUGCAUGGAGAGUCAGCUUGUCCUGGAAAAACAGAAACUCAUUGCGAUGCAACUUCAUCUGCACCUCUCUGAACACAAAUAUACUGAUUUGAGGGCAGCUUCUGAGAGGACAUACAGCCUUCCUCUGUUCCUUCCCCAACCUACAGUAACAGAUGGAGAAGGAGUACAACAAUGGAGCAUUAAACAUCUGGAGGAGUUAUCUCAGCAUGGCUACAGAGCUACUGGUUCUGCCCACCUUCUGCCAGAUUUGGCCCCCAGUAUUGAAUAUUACAAAUACAACAAUAUAAGGCCUCCAUAUACCUACGCCUACUUGAUAAGAUGGUCUAUCUUGGAGUCUCCAGACAAACAGCGCACUCUGAAUGAGAUUUACAAUUGGUUCACUACCAUGUUCUCUUACUUCAGGCACAACACUGCAACCUGGAAGAAUGCAGUGCGGCACAAUCUCAGCCUACACAAGUGUUUUGUGCGAGUGGAGGGAGGAAAGGGAGCUGUCUGGACAGUGGAUGAAACAGAGUACCAGAGGAGGAAAGGACAGAAGUAUCACAGGGACUGUCCGGUGAAGUGGCUCAAGUCGUACUCUCAUUACUGCCCAGAGGACUCCUAAACACCAGCAGAUGGCAGCACUGAGCACUAAUCUGGCAGCAGGAAUCACAUAUACAGUCAUUCAAUCAGUGUACAGAGCUGCAGGAAGAACGACGAAUCUGUUGAAAUAUCUAUUUGUACUUUACUUUUGUAUUUUCAUAUCAUAUGACUUAUUCAACAUGAUUGUAUCAUUUGUUAAAGAUAUUUUGUAAACAUACCCGAUGAUAGUUUUUGUACUUACUGAUUUCUAAUUCCAAAAAGAAGUCUUGCGAAAUAAAUGAAAUCACCUUCUA